GGCUAAAACACGAGGUAGUUAGUAAUUUUUUAUAACAAAAUUUAAUAAAUAAUAAGUAUUCAACAAACUUCCAAUUAAACACUUGUCUUAACGAUGUACAUACUGUGACAUAUAUGUAUGUGUAUACAUAUAUAUAUAUAUAUAUAUAAAUAAUUAUACUAAUUAUAUACAUGUACAUAAAUAAAUUCCACAUAUAUAUUUUUUUACAUAAACCCAAUUAACUUACUAAGUAAAUAAAUUAAUAAUCGGAUUGAAUUAAAAUGUAUACAUCAAAUUUAUCAAAACUCAUCCAUUUGUUUAACUACAAAUUACCUCAUAAAUCAGCCUACAGUAUUUUAAUACCAAAAAACUGUAGAUUUUUAAAUAAUAAUCGUAAUUGUAUUAAUAAAUAUCGUGAUUACACCCAUAAAUUAAGUGUAUGGUUUAAAGAACAGUCGAUAGUAAUUGCCCGAUUAUGCCAUCGCCAAUUUGAAUACAUUGCGGCACAGCGCGUUAAGCGCAAUUUAAAAUUAUAUCAUCUGUAUCCUUAUUUCUGGGAUGAUUUACUAUUUAAAAAAUUAUUUAAACUAUGGCGUAAAUGUUUAACGCGCAAUGGUAAAGAAAUUCUAAUUAGUGCUGUUGGUGUUACGAUGUUUAAUUGGGAUCAAGAACGUAUUACUGAUGAUGAACUUUACAGUUACGCCGACGAAAUAAAAGUUAUUCACAAACUACGUAAUUCAACAGUAGUAUGUGCAAAUUGUAAUUUAAGGUUGAUAAUUGAUAAAAAACAGCCCAAUGUUUCGUAUUGUACGUGCAAUAAUUCAAAGUCAUCGAUAAAUCAAUCAGAUGAUAAUAAAUGGGAGCCAUUUAUUGAACGACAAGAUAUGUUGAUUUGGCGUAAAGAAGAACCAAAUUCCGGUGGAAUGUAUGCGUACAAAGUAUUUGGUACAUUUUCCGAUGUAACUGCUGAAGAAUUUCUACAAGUACAAGUUGAUGUUGACUAUAGAAAAGUCUGGGAUCCAACUGCUAGACAACUGGAGAUUAUUGAUACUGAUCCAAAAUCUCUGUCUGCCAAAGAUCAUCGUACUGAUGUUAUUUAUUGGGAGAUGAUAUGGCCGAGAUUAUUUUCAAACAGAGAUUACGUUUAUCAGCGCAGAUGGGCAUUAGAUAAAGAUAAAAAUAUUGUUGUUAUUGUUAGUAGAGUUACUGAUCAUCCGGAUGCGCCCAAUAGACCUGACACUUACAGGGUUACUUCGUACUGGUCUUACAUGGUAAUUAAACCAAUGACAAAUUUUAAUGAGCCUGGUAUUGAAUUUGGAUUGACGUAUUUUGAUGACCCUGGUGUUAAUAUACCAUCUGCUGUUACUGCAUGGGUCGCUUUGAGUGGAUUGCCAGAUUUUUUAUGUCGAAUGCGACAAGCAGCCAAAGAUUACAAAAGUUACAUUUCCGCAAAACAACAAGAAGAUUUGCUAUCAGCUAGUAUAUUUGUAGAUAAAGAUGAGGAAAUCAUUGAAGCUGAUGAUGAUAAUUCUAACGAAGACAGUAAUGUUUUUAUGAAUCUCCAUAGUGUUGACUCUGAUGCAGAGUCAAAUAUUGUUAAUGUUGAUGAUAAGUUGAGUCAGGUUAAUUCUAACGAUGCAAUAGAUACAAUUAUCAGUAAUAGUACUGCUGAAAAUAUAAAUAAUAAUAAUAGUUGUAAUAGUGAAAGUGUUGAUACUGAUAAAAAUGAAGAAAGUUUAUUAAAAGUAAGUGAUAAAGAUUUAGAGCAAAAUGAAAAAAAUACCGGGUAUCUCCGAUAUAUUUUUCUUACUAAAUUGUUUGCAUGACAAUUGUAUACAUUUUCGACGCGUGACUUUUCAGUCAGCGACGAAAAUAGUUGAGAUUUAUUUAUCUACUCCGCAAAUUAGAUUUUAAUUUAUGAAAUAAUAAUAAUAAUUACAUACUAGUACAAAUCGUUUUAACUAUACGUAAAUAAAUAAAUAUAUUUAAUAUUUUUAUUAAGAUUUUAUUGAUUAAGAAAAUAA